AUGUCUCGUCACGUUUCGUCAUCAGUAGGAAUUUUUUCCGCACCAUCAAAAAGGUUCGAGCAUAUUCACAUGGACCUUGUGGGGCCUUUGCCUUCAUCGAACCGCUACCAUAAUUGCCUGACUUUCGUGGACCGUUUCUUACACUGGCCAGAAGCUUAUCCUGUGGACAAUAUGAAUGCUGAUACCAUCGCUCGAACUCUCUUCACUCAAUGGAUAGCUAGGUUUGGAGUACCAUUACGGAUCACAACAGAUCAAGUGGAACGCUUCCACCGGCAGUUCAAGGAGGCUAUAAAAUGUCACGCCGACGAGAGAUGGACCGAAACACUUCCCAUAGUUCUACUCGGUAUCCGAGCAGCUUGGCGCGACGAUCUCAAGUCAAGUGCAGCAGAACUCGUGUUUGGCGAAUCCUUAGGUUUACCAGGCGAAUUUUUGGCUCCUCGUUCAGGAACGGAUGACAAAGUUACGACGCAAUUCGUAGAGGACAUGAAAAGAUGCCUUUAUAAUGGACCAUACGCAGUUAACAGUCGAUCUGACAAAACCUUCAAGGUGAACGUAAAUGGAAAGGAUGUCACCUUGUCCAUCGACAGAUUGAAACCAGCCUACAUCAUCGCAGAAGAGGAACUACAAGAGCAGGUUACACCAAUUCCACGUCGUGAAAAACUCACACAUAAAAUUCAAGAGAAAACCUUCAACAAUACAGGAACGACAACCAGCCGGACAAGCUCUAUCGUAUUCCCAGGAUUGAUGAUGGCAGUUGAAAUCACCACCCAUGAAUAUAGACGAGAAGUCGUUCGAAAAGGAGUCAAAGAAGGAACUCCAGUUGAUAGCAUUAACAAGAACUCUAGGAUUUCUAUGAAUAUUUAUUAUCAAUAUUUCACCGCAAUUUGA